CUGUCUCGCCUCAGCCUUCCACGGGAGGCUAUCCCAUCAGUUGUAUCCGAAGCACGCGCAGUGGUAAUUUUGCAGUUCCAGCACAAGUAAUCUGGUCAAUGCUGAAAUGUAUAUCACAGACCAGAUACAUGAUGUCUAUCACUGUCCUGGGAUUGUUGUUGGUUGUACUAGAGGCUAGGCGGCAUUCGAAUAUCACCACCGAAACCUUUGUCCUCCCUGAAAGUAUUAUACAGAGUGUGAAGGAUGAACCCGAUCCUCGGCAAGCAGUGUGUCGCUACCUGUGCUCCCGGGGACCUGUCACUGCCCAGGUGUGUCGCUGCUCGUUGUGGCUCCCUUGUCUGGGUAAAGUGUGUAGACAUGGCACGUCGUGUCGGAUCCGAGGACAAAAGAGUAUUCCGCAGACACUAUGCUGCCCAAACUUCUCAGACAAAAUGGAAAAACAAUGCGAAAAAAUGAGAACCUUUAUAACUUACCGACGCACAAACCCGUACUACAAGUAUAACCCGUCUACUGGUGGAUGCGAGAUUCGUCACGUGACAGCCUCCAAAAUUCAGUUUGUGACUGUGCCUGGAUACAAAAAUUCCCACGCAUGCGCAUUGUGCUCUCUCUACAAAAUGUGUGCAGGACCAGUCGUCGAGCAUUUUGUACCGGAUAUUACGUCAUAUGGCAAUCAAUAGUUUCACGUGACAAUCAACCUGUGGAUUUUAGUGUGUAUGCUUGGUGGUUGUAACUAAUAGUCCAACAACACUGUAAUGAUUAUGAUCAAUGAAUGUAAUUUACAAAUCUCAGCCAGAAAAAGAGAAGAUCAUAUCACAUAUUUCAGAUAACAAAUGAAAACAUUUGGUUGAUUUAGAGAUAUUCUGUUAUGAACUCGCAAAGUAAGCCUCGGUGUUCAUUUAACGGAUAUGAAUUCUUUUAUAGAAUAAUCGAUUGAUACACACACACAUACUUAAGCCACCACAACCUCCAUCUUUGGUCUAUGAAUAACGUGGGAUAUUAUCAAUUACAAUUGUAUUGAAUGAUUCAAGUCUGAGAUUUUUCUAAUGAAUUUUGUAUUAAAUAUCACAAAUCGCA